UCCCGCGGGUGUUGACUCUGGUAGAGGAGGAGGAGGUGGAGGAGGAUGGCACCGCCGCGACACGUGUGCGUGACCGGCGGCGGCGGGUUCAUCGCCUCGUGGCUCGUCAAGCUGCUCCUCUCCCGGGGCUACGCCGUCCACGCCACGCUCCGCGACCCAUGUGAUCCCAAGAACGCCCAUCUGAUGCUGCUGGACGGGGCGGCGGAGAACCUGCGGCUGUUCAAGGCCGACGUGCUCGACCGCGCCGCGCUGGCCGCCGCCGUCGAGGGGUGCGAGGGCGUCUUCCAUGUCGCGACCCCUGUGCCCGUGGAUAAGCUCGUCGAUCCUGAGUCGGAAGUAAUUAUGCCUGCUGUCAAGGGCACCUCGAAUAUUCUAGAAGUUUGUUCAACUAUGAAGGUUCAGAAAGUUGUGGUGGUGUCAUCCACUGCUUCUGUUCAUUUCAACCCGAACUGGCCUCAGGAUAAACCCAAAGAUGAGAGUUGCUGGUCGGACAAAAACGUGUGCAUGGAAAAUGAGCUUUGGUACUUCCUUGCAAAAACUGUUGCUGAAGAGACAUCCUGGGAAUAUGCAGAAAAGAAUGGGCUAGACAUCGUAACAGUAUGCCCUUGUAUUGUUUUUGGUCCACAACUACAACCUGUUGUCAAUACCACCAGCGAACUUCUUCUCUAUCUUAUAAAAGGAGGUCCUAACGCGAUGAACGACGUGAUGUGGGAGAUAGUCGAUGUCCGUGAUGUGGCUGAUGCUUUGCUUCUGGUAUACGAGAAACCAGAAUCAUCUGGAAGAUAUAUCAGUGCACCAAAUUACAUUACCACAAAAGCCAUGGUGGAAUUGCUAAGGAAGGCGCACCCUAACUACAAUUACGUGAAAUGCAAGACUGAUGUGGAACAUAACUCUCCCAUCUCACUGACCUCGUCGGAAAAAUUGAGAAAUCUGGGUUGGAAGCCAAGGAAAUUGGAGGAGACGCUCCUGGAUAGCAUCGAAUACUACCAGAAGACGGGGCUUCUGCAGGAUGCCGAGGGAGAGGGAUACUCGUACCACCUUCCUGAAAUGUUCAGCUUUUUUCAUGCUGCCGAGUAAUAAAAUCGAGUGUGGUAGCGGUGGUGCGAGUGCUUCCACAUAUGCCAUUGUGCUUGUGGAAAUGUUGAAUGGUAUCGUUGGUGACCAUCCGAUGAGACAGGACUGGAAGUGUUUAGACGAUGAUGCCUCCAAUGUAAAAUAUUUGAUUUUGUAAAUCCUCCAAUGUAAAAUAUUUAUCUGCACUAUUUUCUUUCACA